UUUUACACACAAUUAAAAAGCUUUCAAGGUCAUUUCUCAUCCUCUCUCUCUCUCCCACUCUCAUGUCUUCUUUGUUUCUUCUUCUUACUUCUGGUGAACCAUCUUCCAACCAAGAGAAUCAACAAGGAUAUCUCUCACGAGGACGAUGAAAAAGGAAGUCUUUGUGACAGAGGAUUUCUGUGGAAACCAGUAUCCAAGAUUCUUCAGAAUUUUCAAGAAUAAGUCGUGCCAACAACAGGUGGUAGAGCUUCUUAGCGAAACCGAUCCCCGAGAAAGAAACCAAAAAGGAGAGACUUGGAGCAUACCAAUCAAGACUGUCAUGAACAAAGUGUUUCUAGACGAUGGUUGGAAGAGUUUUGCGCAAAGAAAUGAGCUCAAACAUGGAAACUGUCUCAUAUAUCUCUCUCCAUCUAUUUAUUCGCUUAAGACUGAAUUGAUUCCAGUCCUUGUUAUGUUUUUUGCUUAUUCUCUCAGCGUUAUGUAUUCCUUUCUGAUGUUAUGGUGAUAGCAGUAGGAGCACAACAUUUUCUGAAAAAUAUAAGUACUUAUGUAAAUUAAAAAACUGGAAUCGGUACAA